UUUCUUGCCCAAAGAGGAUUGAACCCUUUCGUUCACAGAGAGAGAGAGAGAGAGAGAGAGAGAAUGGCUUUAACGGUUGGAGUUGCAUUUGCAGUGAGACCAACGUCGACAAUGUUGGCACAUACUCGCCAAAGGGCCAAGUGGGUAUUGAACCCUUUGGCCUCCUCUUCUUACUCUGUGCAAACCAAUUCCUCUUCUUCUUCUUCACCAUCGAGAAAGCUCAUACUCUAUUCAAAGCCUGGUUGCUGUUUGUGCGAUGGCCUCAAAGAAAAGCUUCUCGCUGCUUUCUCUCUCUCCGGCCCUGACUCCCUCCACGAUGUUGAUUUACAGGUAAGGGAUAUUACUACCAAUCCAGUGUGGGAGAGAGCUUACCAGUUUGAAAUACCUGUGUUGGCCAGAGUACUCUCUGAUGGCUCUGAGGAGACACUUCCUAGAUUAUCUCCUCGCCUUGGAGUUGAGCUGGUCCAAAAGAAAAUAGCAGCUGCUUUGAGGCAAUAAGAUUGUGUUCAAGCAAUGUGUCACUCACAGUCCAUGCAAGUAAUUCUUUCAUGUUUGAAAUCGAGAUCGAGAUCUCGAAUGGGAAGAGUGAUUGUUAUAUGUUUUUAAUACACACUCCUCAUGUAAAAUGGUUUUUAUACUUAUUCCUGAUACCCAGCAACUAAGAGGGACAAUUUCAAUCAUAAGAUUUUUUGUUUCUUUUAUUUUCCUCUGCACAUCCCUUUCAAGCCACAUUUAUAUAUAAUGUAUAAAUUGUAUUAUGCAACCAGCAUUUUUACAAUGAUAGCAGCAUGCUUUAACUGCCAUUAAAAUUCUUUCCAGUUUUCGUUGCAGCUAACUUCCUACUCUGGUCCUUAAUUUCCAAAAGAUGGCAUUGUAGACAUCAAAACUAAAACAAGAAUAUAGGGACUUCAUAAGUUCAUCCUAGCUUAUAGACAGACCGUCAAAAAAAACCGGGUUGAAGUUUUUGCUACAGGUGCAUGCGAGAUGUAGCAGCAGAGCAGAGGCUGACAUAGAAUCAAUGUUGUAUGAAAUUGAGUAAUGUAUUGGUGGGGUUUGAAGGGAUAGAGAAACUAGGAAUUGAUGCCUGUUUAAUUGCUGCUAUAAACCUGUCUGUCGAUAGAGAAGCUUAUGCCAACAAAAGCUCAACUAUAUUGAGUGGAUGGUCAAAGCAUGGUUUAUGUAAAAUUUGUAUCUUCAACAAGAGAUUAUCCAAAGAGAGGCAAUAUAAGGAGAUCCUUUUCAUCAAAUCAUUAAUUUUUUCAUGUCGAAACAUAAUCAAAUGCCCCUGUUUCUCACUACAUGAUGUUUGAAAAUCUGACCUAUCUAUCAUAAAAACACUAUUGUACAACAAGGAUCAAUGAGUCCAAACUUCCCAAAUCACAUGACAUUGGAUAUUGCUGUAUCAGAGAAUGAGAAAUGUGUAAAAAAAAAAAAAAAAAAAAAAAAAAAAAACACAUAA